GUGCGGUGGAAUCGGCCCCCAAGAUGGAUGAGGAUUGGGGGGGGAUGCUAUAUAACACGAGGCUUGGCGGGGAGACUUGGAGGGACUAGAACUACUAGAGCUGGUUCGAGCUGUGUCGUAUCUUUCUUUCUAUCUCCGACUAGACUAGAUAGUCUACUAUCUAGACAGAAUAUCGUUACCGUUGAUGCUACUAGCGGUGUUAAGACCCUGUCAGGGCACACGCUUGUUUGUCAAUGUCAGGGCUUGGCUGCUGGACUAAUAGUUAAGGGCUAAUGGCUAUAUCUAUUAAGAGGAGAAAAAAGUCCGACCGUGGAGGAUUUGGUCGGCCGUUGGGUUGUGUUCGAUUUCUAUUUCUCUACUCUACUAUCACCGUUUUUUUCUUCUGUCUACUCGUCCCCUCUUACUUUUAUUUUUAUUUUUUUUUUUGCUUUGCUUUUUCUGUGGUGGUAGUGGUAUUUACUUUUUCUAGAGCUGCAUGCUGCAUAUCUAGCUAUAUCGGUCUCUUACCAACCAAUCUACCAACAGACCAACACGGCAAAUUGCAACAUAACCCUACAUAUCCUUAUAAUCACCCCAUACAUCGCACACCUACCUACCUACCUACUUACCUACUUACCUACCUACCUAUCCACACACACACACACACACACACACAAACACACCAUCAACUCAACCACCACCAUGACCCUCAAACUCACACCCACCCCACCCCAACAUCAAACAUACUAACCACCCUCACAACCCUCACAACCCUAACCCUCCUCCUCCUGCUCACCCCCGCAACGGCCCGCGAAUGCUACUUCCCCGACGGCUCGGUCGCGACGGAGAACGUGCCCUGCUCGAACGCCACCGACGCAGCCUGCUGCGGGCGCAACGACAUCUGCCUCUCCAACAACCUGUGCAUGGACGUUGCGGAACAGCCCUACGUGCUGUCGAGGGGUGGGUGUACGGAUUCGACUUGGGAGAGUGACAGUUGUCCAUCUGUUUGUCGUACGUAUUUCCCUCUUUACCCAUCCUAUUCUGUGGGAUGGGUUUGUUCUGUUUGUGUUUUUGGUUAUUAGUUUGAUCAACCAACUAACACAUAUCUCUACCCCCUCCUCACAAAAA